AUGACCAAACCCAGUCUUCUGGAGCUCCCACCGGGAGUUCAGCUCGUCUAUCUCGCUGAGGGCGGAGCCAAUGUGAUUUUCCGCUUUGUCGCAACAGCCCCCAGCAAGCCGACGAGUGGGAUAAAGAAAGACGCCAAGAAUAUUUCAAUCCCCCCACCUAGUACUAUCAAUAGCACCGAGCAUGGCAACUUGCCCGCCCGCUUCCACGGCAAGCUGCUCCGACUGCGCAAAGAGACCGCAGCCGACCUGCCCUACACGGAGAUCGUGCGCAACUUCGACACCAUCAUCCGCCCGCUCUUCCGGCCCGACGAGCUCGUCGAUCAGACACUAGUGCGACUACCCGAGGGGCUCCUGGCGCGUUGCAACGAGCAGCUGCGCGCCAUCGAGCGGAGCGGCGCACGCCCAGCCAAGCGGCAUGGCGCAUCUCUCUGCCUGACCGAGCCGUUCGGUCUCCUCAUCACGGACAUGACGACCGCCGGCGACCCGGGCGCAACGCUCACCGAGCUCAAGCCCAAAUGGCUGAUCCAGUCGCCCUCGGCGCCGGCGACGGCACUCCGGUGCCGGACUUGUGCGCUGAGGGAGAUGAAGAACCAGCGCGCGCGGAGGCGCGGCCAGAACGAGCAGCGGUCCUUCUGUCCCUUGGACCUGGUCUCGGAUCGCUUCGAGAAUGUCCUGCACGCAACGGGCAGGAUCAAGGGGUGCAAAGACCGGACGCGGCUGGCGCGGAUCUUAUACCGGAACCCGACGCUCCUGAAACUGCAGUCACACCAAAAGGCCCGACGAGAUGUUGGCUUGCAUGGUCCGCCGCCGCAGUCGCGGGAGAUGUCGCUGGCCAUGACGCUGCGGGAUUGCACGAUGUUCGUCAAAAUCCCCCAAGAUGAAAAGUCACCCGUGGAAAUCCGCCUCGGCGACCUCGACCUGAAGAUCGGGGCUGGUGGCAAAGCCGAGUACUGGCGAGAUAUGGAGACGCAGCUGAUCAAUCACGGCUGGUAUCGAGGAUGCAACAACCAGACACCGAGCGAGUGCGCCUUGCAGGGUCCGCGUCGACCUAAUCCUAAUCCUAAUGCUUUGACAUGA